AUGAUGUUCUGCGGCGCGGGCAGCUUCAAGGACGUCGACAAGGAGGAGGGCGCCGGCGCCGGCGCCGGCGCCGGGAAGCCGGCCGCCAAGGCGAAGACGAAGGCGGGAGGCAAGGCGAAGCAGGGGAGGAACAACAACCCCUACGCGUCGCGGGGGCUGGACAAGUUCUCCGUCGUGCUGUCCGAGCUGGAGUCCAAGCGGGAGAAGAUCCUGCGGCGCGUCGGCUCGGACGUGGACGCCGACCAUCUCAUGGUCCGGUUCGUGCAGUCGGAGAAAAAAGGGUGGGUGCCCAUCGUCGUCAAGCUCCCGCACGAGGAGGAGCAGCAGGCCGCCGGCGGCGCCAAGAAGAGGCAGGGCAAGCCGGCCUCGCAGUCGUCCACUCCGCCCACGGAGCCUGCCAGCCCCAAGGAAGACCCCGUGGCGGUGCAGGGCGAAGGCAACCGUGCAGCCGGCGAAGAAGAGUAA